AGAUGUUUCUUAGAGUCAACUCCAGAUAUAAGGAGGAAGUGAGAGUCUUCCUUCAGAGGCUGGCUGAACAAGGCUCGUUUUUAAGGGCGUGGCCAUGGCGCAGUGGUCCAUCCUCUCUGAUUUGCUGGACAAGGUGCAGUCCCACUCCACUGUGUUUGGAAAAGUAUGGAUGAGUCUUCUGUUCCUCUUCAGGAUUUUUAUCCUGGCUGCUGGCAUCGAUAAGAUAUGGGGAGACGAACAAACCAACAUGUCCUGUAACACCUUGAGUGUCGGCUGUAGGAAUCUGUGCUAUAAUAAAACAUUCCCUCUGUCUCACACGCGCUUGUGGGUCCUCCAGAUCCUCACGGUCUCCACACCGACGCUGGUUUACCUGGGACAUGUCCUGCUGGUGAUACGCAAAGAAAACAAGAUGAGAAAGCGGCUCCAGCAGAAAAAGGACAGGGUCGGGGUGGACAAAGUCCCCAAGUACUCAGAUGAAAGUGGCAAGGUCAAGCUGAAGGGAGUUUUACUGGUCAGCUACAUGCUGCAGCUGGUCUUCAAGAUUGUGUUUGAGGUGCUGUUCAUCGUGGGUCAGUACCUCAUCUACGGCUUCAUCGUCAUGCCUCUGGAGAUCACAUGUUCUGAAUAUCCCUGCAGAAAACAAGAAGCCUGCUUCAUCAGCCGUCCCACGGAGAAGACGGUCUUCAUCUGUUUUAUGUUAGCCAUGUCCGUCUUCUCUGUGGUUCUCCAUGUCAUCGAGCUGUUGUACCUGAUGUUCUCAAAGGUGAAGAACAGGAAGAGGAGGAGCAGCGGCUCCGUUUCACAGAAAGUCCAACACACCCAAACCAACCCCAGCUCACGGGAGACGGUCACAGUGUGCUGAAGGACAGGUGCUGGCGAGCCUCGUGCUCCUCAGGAACACGACACUCUACAGCAUCACACCUGCACCGAAUACACAUCUGGAUUUAAAAGUUUGUUCUUUCAGUCUCACUAAAGGUUCAAUACUAAUGAGGUGACAUGAUGUGUUGUAAUUGUUAUGGAUAACUAUGCAGAUCACAUCCGUCACUCGUGAUCAAAAUACAACAUCUACAGGUUUAAAUGUGAAUCCAAUAAAAGUUCAUAUUUUAAAUCUAAUCUAAAUACGCAGUUACAUCUAUGAGUAUUGAAAUAUUAUUACUUAAGUGUUUUAAACCAAAUAGCUACCUAAUAGUGAAAUUCAGACGCCUGUGCAACAGAAGUAGUUCAACACCUCUUCCGUAAAUUUCAUUGUUUUCAACUAAUGAUUAAAAAUGUUCUCCUUAGUGUUUUAGAUGUUUGUGUUUAUCGUGUUUGAUUUUAUCUCCACUGUUGUGAAGUGUCCUUGGGAGUCAUGAAAGGUGCUUUUAAAUCAAAUGUAUGAUUAUUAAUAAUAAUAAUAAAACAAGCACACUAAGGGGACUCCCUA